CUUUACUGCUGAGUUGAGUUUAUGGCUGCUCAUUACUUUCACAAUGGCGGGGAUAGAACUUUCAAAAUCCCUGGAUGAUUCAGAAAUAGAAAGAAUACCCGGAGAGAUCAAGGAGAAAAUAGAUUCUCUACUUCUAAGCAAAACUGAAGAACUGAAUGCUGUCAAAUCUAAGUAUGAGAGGCUGCGUGUUAAUUCAGAGCAACAGUACUUCGACAUUGAGAAACAGCUGAUUACAACAACUGGGAAAUUAGAGACAGAAACUGCUCAAAAGACCACCCUUCAAGAAAAGUUUGCUGAACUUGAGACCAAGCAUGCAGAAUCAACAAAGAAACUUCAGGAACUUCAAGAGAGCAGAGAAGUUUUCCAAACUUCAGAGUUUGAAUACAAAAGUGCCAUUCAGCUUCUGGAGAAUGAGAAAAGAGACUUGAACAUUAUAUCCACAAAGAGGAACAAGGAAAUUGAUCGACUCAAUGAGGAGAUUAAAGAACUGAACAAAAAGCUCACCACUGCCAAUAAUGAGAAAUGUGAGGCUCAAGCAAAGCAUAAUGAGCUGCAGUCAGAAGAAGUGUCCAGAGAGUAUCGUGAGAAACGGCUUGAGAAAGAAAAAGAGCAACUGGAAAAACAAGUAGAGUGGUUCAAUACUCAGCUGACAGAGAAGACCAACCAGCUGAGCUCUGUGAGAAAAGAGAAAACCAGCCAUGUUUUGGAACUCCAGGCUUCUUUGGACCAAAAGACUCAAGAGCUGGAGCACUUGCAGGCAGUGGUUGAUUCCCUAAAGACAUCAACAGAAGAGCAGAACAAGAGGAUUGAGUCACUCAAUGAGAAACUGAAAGAUGAGAGAGAAGGCCAAGUGCAGUUGGAGGAGCAGUUCAGACAAGAGAUGGCUGUGCAGAAACGUCUUACUGACCUCUACAAGGCCUCUGCUGAAGAAAAUGAUGCCAAAAUCACAGAGCUCACUGGAGCGGUUGAGGAGUUACGCAGACUCUUGAAGGAAGCUGCUAAUGCCUACACUGAGCUUGAAACAACCACCACAGAAGAAAGAAACAAACUGAAGGUGACUGUGAAAGAAAAAGAUGAAGCUGUUGCAAAACUUGAGCAAGAACUUCAAAAUGCCAAUGAGCUGAUGGUUGCAUUGAAAAAAGGAGCCGUGACACUGACAGAGGAUGCUGUUGAGUCCUUAUCACCUGCGGCUGCAGCCACCAGCAGACUGCUCAAGUCUGGCAUGACUCUCACACAGAUUUACAAUGAGUAUGUCCAAGCCACUGAUGCCUUGAAUGACGAGAGAGAAGAAAACAAGAGGCUUAAGUCCUACCUGGAUCAGAUAGUUCAGGAAAUCGAGGAAAAAGCUCCUAUUCUGAAGAAGCAGAAGGAAGAUUAUGAGACGGUGCUGACUAAUUUGGAUCAAAUGACCUCCCAGCUGGACACAGCUAUGCUGGAAUGUGAAAAACUGCGCACUGAUGCAGAUGACAUGAGACGUCGAUUUGGUCAUGUCCAGCGAGAAUGUACAAAGCAACAUCAGACUUCUCAGGAUUUGUCGAAGCAAGUCCAGCACUUGUUGAAGGAAGUUGAGGAAUUGAGAGGAGGGAGAAUCGUCAGAGAUGAUCUUAACGUUUCUUCUAGUGAGGUGUCAAGCUCUUCCAGCCUCAUUUCUGAGAAACUGGUGACUUUCAGAACCAUAGAGGAGCUGCAACAGCAGAACAUGCGUCUGAUUGAAGUCGCCCGAGAGUUGAGUGAGAAAAAAGAAACUGAGGAGAAUGAAGCCACUGCUGAAAAAACACGUGAACUGAAGGAACAGUUGGAUUUUGCUAUGUCUGAACUGGAAAACCUGAAAGAUACUAGGGCCAGGCAGGCAGAAAUGGUGGAGUCUAUUGUCAGACAGCGUGACAUGUACAGGGUCCUUCUUCAGCAAGGAGGGUCUAGCUCAGAGGUGUCGGCCCUGGGUCCAGUGACAUCCACUCCAGUACAGCCUCCUCCGUCUCAGGCCAGGACUCCCAGCGUUUCCGCUCCAUCUGCAGCAUCAGACGCUGCCAAUAAAAAAGCUCUGGAGGAUGCCAGGAAUGCUCUAAAGGAACUGCGCUCCGAGUUUGAUGCCUACAAAACGGACAAGGCUGAGAAUGAAAAACUUCAAAAUGAGACGCUGGAGAAAGUACGGCAAAAUUUGUCUGAACAGCGAGUGUCGAACACUAAACUCUCCACCCAGCUUGACUUUGCCACUGAGCGCUACAAGAUUCUCCAGACCAAUGCUGCUGGAUACAAGAAGGAGAUUGACCUUCUCCAGGAGAGGAACCACCAGUCUUCUGCCACCAUCCUACGCCACGAGUCUGCUAUCGCUCAUCUGAAAGAGGAGCUGAUGGGUGCCCAGGAGAACGUGGCUCGCUGGCAGGUACAGGUUGAGAAUCUGAAGGCGGAGAAAGAGCUACUAAAGAACACGGAGCGUCGCCUCUCCAUGGAGCUGGAGAGCAUCAGGCGUGAGCAGACAUCACAGACCAUGCUCAUGGCUAGUCUGCAGGCCAUCAAGAACAACCAGGAGAGGGCAGAGUUUGAGUCAAGAACACGACACUCAAACCAAGUUGAAAUGUUGGAGAAAGAGGUCGCACACAUGAGAAGAAAGCUGGAGACCUCGCUGGAAGAAAAGACAAAACAAGCCACAGCCUGGGAGGACAUUGUAAAGACAGUUCAUUUGGAGUUGGCGCAUGAGAAGGAGAAGCAAGCCUCAUUUCAGACCAAGGCGGACAAUGCCACUACAGAGCUGCAGACUGUCAGGCAGGAGCUGAGCACCUGUGAAGCCAAGUUGGCAGCUGCUGAGCAGAAAUUGGAAAAUCUGUCCACUAGCCCUGGCACUGAAGAAGAUUCAGCUUCCUUGGAGUCUCGAAUUGAAACUGAAGCUGUCAAGGACUUGAAGAACCAGAUGGCUCAGCAGCAAAUCUUUGUCAAAAAUCUGCAGCAGAAGUUGGAGGAAGCCAAGAAGCAUGUUAACCAGUACAAGACUAUCGCUCAUGAAGCGGAACAGAGUCUGAAGGAACAAACUCAGACAAUCAAAGAAGUUCAGGCUGCGUGUGAGAAGAAAAUCCAUGAUGCUCACACAGAGCGGGACACCAUCACCAAACGUCUAGAACUCUUGGAGAAAGACCUGGAGGCAGCCAAUAAUGAGAAUAUUCGACUGACCAAUGAGAGCCAAUCACUGCAUGGUGACUUGAGGAAACAGUUGUCCAAGCUGCAGAACGAGCUGGAGGAGUCUAUGAGCCAAAGGGACGCCGCCGUAGCCAAUGCCAAGACAGCCCAGCAGGACUGCAAGCAACAGGCAGACAUCGCCUCUAAGGCCCAAGACAAGUACCAGCGAGAGCUGAUGCUACAUUCUGCUGACGUGGAGGCUCUGCAAGCUGUGAAGAAGCAGCUUGAAGAUCUGAAUGAACAUCUUCAGCAAACCCAAGAAGAGACGGUGCACUAUGAGAAACAAUUGGCUGAUGCUAAGACAUCAUGGACGGAGCAGGAACGGAUCUACAAAGCCGAUGUCAAGAUGGUGGAGUCCCGGUGUGAGGAGCUGAACAAGCAGAACGCUAUGCUGCACGAACAGAUGUCAAAGCUCAGUGCCCAGGUAGUGAGCAUUCAGCAGACGACUCGCAGAGAUUCCUUCGGUGCUAAUACGUCUUUCAGUGAUGAAUCGGGCAAGACCUCCGAGCAGCUCCUGGAAGUAAUCAAGUUCUUGAGACGAGAGAAGGAGAUUGCAGAGACAAAGCUGAAAGCAGUGGAGGCAGAGUGUGGUCGCAUCAAGCAGCGGUUCACUCUUGUGGAGAAGCAGGCUGGUGAGGCAAGCAAGGCCCUGGCUGAGGAGAGAGAGAGGUCACAGGUCAAUGCUGAAACAGUGGCCAAUCAGGUUGAGCUGAUGCGUAAAGUGAGUAACUUGAACGUUCUGACGGACAGCAACAAGCUUCUGAGAGACGAGAGAGACCAGCUGCUCAACUCCAAGCAGGAGAUGGAAUCAAAGAUCGCCAAGCUAGAAUCAGACAUUGAGCCCCUUCAGUCCAAACUGCGCGACCUGGAGUCAAACAAAGAAACUCUGACCGUGGAGAGGAACACGCUGCAGGAUGAGGUGAACAGGUGGAAGAACCGAACCUCCAGCCUCAUAGAACAAAGUCACAAGACAGAUCCUGAGGAGCAUAAACGCCUCAUGCAAGAGAAAGAAAACCUGAGACGUCAGCUAACUCAAGCAAAGGAGGAAAACUUCAAGCAGAGAAAUGAACUCAAUCGUGCAAACAUGACCAACACAAACCUUCAGACUGAGGUGACAAACCUGAAGCAAGAGGCUACAAAAACAAGCCAAGAGCUUGGUACAUUCAAGAAGCAAGCGGAAGACAAGACCAAAGAGGCAGAGGAGAAGACGAUGACAAUCAACCGCCUGAAGCAGAUCGGCCGCAAGUACAAGGAGCAGGCUGAGAAAGUCACAAAGGAGCUGGAGGAUGUCAAGGUCAAGGCUGCGGGCCAGGAGAGUAACAAGGUCAACGUCGCCUCCUUGGAGCAAACAAUUGCAGAGCUGAGACGCACCAUCACAGCCAACAGUUCUAGCAUCAGUUCCCUGGAGAGUCAGUUGACGGAGGCUCAGAACGAGGCUCAAGCUGCGGUGAAACGUGCAGAGCAGGCUGUUGCCGAGGGCAACACACUGAAGGAGAGCCUGAGCAAGAAUCAGCAGGAGCUGAACAAGACCCAAGAGACAAAUACGAGGCUCAAAGCUGAAGUGGACGACUUUGAGAAAAGGGCUGCUGAGUUUGAGAAGAAGCAGGCCCAGUCGAAGCAAGUUUUGCAGACUGCCCGGAACAAGAUGGUGAACCAAAAAGCUGACAUGGAGAAGUUGGAGGCAGAGAAUAAAGAACUCAAAGCUUCUAUGGCCGCCGGACAAGGGGGUGCCCCUGGCAAAGAUGAAACAGAACAAGUCCGUGCCUUGAAGGCCCAGUAUGACGCCAGAGUGGCCAGGCUAGAGGAAGAGCUGGAGACAUCGAGAUCUGCAGCCGCUGCCGCGCAGACUUCUUUUGAUGCACAGGCCCAGCUGGAGAAGGUUCAGGGAGAGAACUCCGAACUACAGGCCAAGGUCCAACAACUCCACCGCCAGCUGGAGGCCGCUCAGCACAAGCAUUCACCGCCACAACAACCUGUAGCUGCACGGCCAGCUAGCAGUGUGGGACCUAGCACAACAUCCAGUGAUGCUCCUAAGAUGGCCAACAUCAAGCCCAUGGCCCCCGCAGCCUCCACCUCACGACAGUCGGCCCCCAUCACCUCCCACAGCCAGGCGGCCGUCAAGGCCAUGGCCAGCAUACGGCCCAUGGCCAUCUCACCCACCACCACCUCCAUGCCCUCAGGGGGCACUCCCACAGCCACCGUCAUGCCCAGUCAGCACGACACUUCUUCUGAAGAUAAUCUACCUGGACCAUCUGGCCUGCAGCAGACAUCGUCUAUCCCUGCUGCGUCUGUGUCAGGCCGCGUACAGAUUGUGGAGCCGCAGGUUGCAGGGGACUGGAACCAGGAACCUUCAGGUUCCUCUGACCAAGGUCCGGAGGAGAACACAACAAACCAGGCAGUUGUGAACCCGAGCAUCCAGGAGACUGUUCGAGUGGUGAACCCCACGCCGGCAUCCAGCCUGCCUGGUCCUUCUGACGGGGCUCAGCAUACCACGGGCGUAGCACUGGGCAAGCGUUUCCGGGACGAUGAAAGCUUUACCCAAGACGAGUCAGACUCGAAGAGGACCAGAAUGAGUAGUACACAGCAGGAGCAUUCCAUCCCCACCAUUACAGUCAUCGAUGAGAACCAGCAGGUGGUCACUCAGAUACAGCCCCAGCCAUCAACGGCCAGCCAGCCACAGCAGGGACAGAUGCAGCAAACGACGAGCCAGUCCCGCGCUGGGCUCUCCAGCGGUGCUACUGUUCCAACAGCUGCAGCAACACCCUCGGUUGCUGUUGCCUCAGUGACCUCCUCUGACUGGCAGAGUGACGUUCAGAAGCAGUCGGAGGUGCAACAGGGAGGAGAUGAUGUCAUUAUGGUGCUCAGUGAUGAAGAUGAUCAACAGGGUGGUGAGGAUGAACAGAUUGAUGAUGAGGAGGAAGAAGAAGACUAUGAGGAGGAUGAUGACGACGAUGAUGAAGAUGAAGAAGACGAAGACAUUGAGGAUGCCGAUGAUGGUGAUGAUGUUGUCAUUAUCGACAUGGACGAACAGCAACAACAGCAGCAACAACAGCAGCAACAACAGCAGCAGUCUGCUCCCCCACCACCACUGCAGGCCAUCUCCCACGGCGACCGUCUGCCAUCAGUGGGCAGAUCUCAACAGCUGACACCCUUCAUGCUUGGGGGAGCUGUCAACCCUUUUGAAGAAGACGACUGCACUGUGCCUAGUACACCCACCUUGUCCCAGCCGAGACGAGCUGAUGGUUUUGCUGAAGCCCUCAACUCCCCGGCUGUCGCACAGAGAUUUGUGUUUGGUGUUGAAGGAGCCAACAACCCUGACCUGGCACAGCUGGAGUCUCAGAGAGCCCUGGGCAUGGACGACACCCGCAUGGACUUGUCUCAGUUUGAUGAGGCCGGAGGUCGCAGUGCUCCCAGCACUCCCACACCACAGACUGGCACAGCAGAACCCAUGCCAGCUACACAGGAGUCUGAGGAGGGAAUAGGUAUGGAGAGUGGCCCGUCUACCAUUGAUCCUUCAGAGUACAUCACAGAGCAAACUCAGGAGAGCCAGGGACGGACAGAAGAUGUUGAAGUGGAAGAAGAUGACUCUCUCCUCGAAGGCGACGGGGAUCCUGAAGAAGAAGAGGAGGUGGAAGAUGCUGAUGCAGAGUCUCAACAAGACCCUCAGGCCAGUGGAGAAGGCAGCAGCGGCACCGGUGCUGGGAGAGAUGACACAGACUCUGCACAGGACAGAACAGAAGCCGCUGGCAAGCCGCAGAUCAAGAAAAUCGUGUGGGACCACUCAGACAGUUCCGCAUCCUCCACCCCAGGGGCCUCCGUCUCGGCCAUGUCUGCCAGUGUGGGAGGAGUCAUGUCCAUCCCACCUCUCAUCCCGCCCCAGGGGGUGGCCGCAGCGCAGCAGCAACAGCAGGCGCCGCCUCAGCAGCAGCAGCAGCAGCGCCCGGUGCAGAGGAGGGCGCAGGGACCCCGCCGAGGGGGCCCGUCUAGGGGCAGAGGGGGCCAGUUCUGGAGCCCGGGACCGGGCAGAGGCGGGCAGUUCAGUCAGAGGGGGCGUGGCUGGCGAGGAUUUAGGGAUCUUUGAAGAUUUGAGAAAAGGGAUAGUGUGAAUGGUGAGGGUUUGUGGGAAAAAAGGGAAGGGAAUUUUGAUAUGUUUGAAAUAUAUAUAUGUAAAAGUGAAUAUGGUGAACUGGAUGAAUGAUUGUUGUACUUAAAAGUGUGCUGCACUAUAAGAUUAUACAUUUUUUUUGUCAUAAACUAUUUGUGAAAAUGGAGAGAAAGUGUCAUUUAAGCACAAGGACAACUUGUGUAUGUAGUGAGAUUUGAAACUUGUACUGCAUUUACACUAAUAUAAGCAAAGUGAAAACAUGUUUGUGGUAGCUAUCCAUGCAGGCUGGAAUAUAAUAAAAAUGUUUGGGGGGGAGGGGGGGGGAGUCCUUGCGGUUAAAUUAUAUAUUGUGUUGAUUUUUGUUUUUUUUACCUCUUAAGUCUCAGCUCAGUUUAGACCUGAAUGGUAUAGAAAGCUUGCAAAUUUAAGUUUAGUGGGUUUAGCCUGGAAAACAAAUACUUUUUUUUUUUUUUCGGUUUGGUAAAUUUGUCUCCUUAUUUUUCAUUUGAGAAAUAUCUUGAAUCUUCUAACCCUGCCUAAAUCAUGCGACUAGUUGAAGGCCAACUUACAAGUCUUCUCUUUUUACAAAGCUGUAGCAUGCACUGGAGGGAAAAAAUGACACAUUUUUUGUUGUCCUGUUGUCCAUUUCCAUUGUGUUCUUGCUUUUACAAUACACUCAUUGGUCACCCAAAAUGCUGGUUCUUUGGGGGUGUUUUUUUCCUUUUUCUCUUUCUAAUGUGUAUAAUAAAAAUGUCCAAGUAUUAUAUCCUCUGUUUGAUGCUUGUCAAUUGUGGAUCAGCAAUUGUCUGGUGUUUUUUCUUUUUUUGUUUUUUGUCAUUAUAGUUUCAGUUGGAUUGGCAAAUGUUCUUGUCUUUGAUCAGUUUUAAAGAAGACUGAAUUUCUCUCUUGUGCCGUUUUUCUUUUGUGGAUAAUUUUUCUGCCAAUAUGAUUUUAUGUACGAGGGCCAUUGUCGUAUUUUUGUAUUUUGAAAAUUAUUUUCUCUUCCAUUUGAUGUGGAUCCAGUACUGGAAUAUCUUUGCUUCAUGUUUUAUUAAAAUUAAAGACUAAAGUACAGCUUAUGUCAUACUUUGAUUUGUAAACAUGUGUUCUAUUGUGCAGAUCUGGAGGAUGUCAUGUCGUUUGUUUAUGAAGGCUCGAUCCUUGUCAAUAAGGACCCAGUUGUGUUGUAAAGAGGACGAUGAAAAUUGUUUCGUUUUUUGUUUGAUGUGGGUACAAACAGUCUGCCCUCUCUGUGUUCACUGUUUUGACAUUUUGUUUUGUUAGAACAACUAUUGUUCUCAAAUGCAUGUGCUUGUGCUGUUCCCGAGUCUGAGGUAUUGAUCAGUUUUUAAUAAACGAAAUAAUGUUUUUUCUCAAGAUUU